AUGGGGCUCUCCAACGCAGCCAUCAUUGUCAUUGUCCUUGUCGCCUGUCUCGCAGCAACCGCACUGGGAGCAUCGCUCUUUAAACACUACAAACCCGCCGAUGGAGAGACCCCGUUCAGUCCGGGCUACGAUCAGAAGGUGUACAUGGCCGAGGUGCGAGCUCGAGGAUUUAACAAUCUGAGGCAGAUAUCCUGGGGUGGAAGAGAUCUGGAGUCGCGUUGCUACCCGGGCUACCCGGGCUACUAUCGGCCCCCCACUUACACCGAAGACACCAACUACACAAAAGACACAGGGAGCUCGUAA